UCUCUCUCUCUCUCUCUCUUUCUCUUUUGCUCUCUCUUUCCCUCUCUUUCUCCCCCCCCUGUUUGUCCCUUCAAUCCGACGGUCUCCACCCUGCAAGCAAUCCACCCCUGCAGAAACACUGGGAAAAAGCAAGAGUGCUUCACGUUCCCUCCAAACAACUCCUCUCUCUUCUUCCUUCUCUCCACCUUCCCUCCUGUGAUCCAUCAAUCUCACCCCUCUCGAUCCCUCCAUUGUCGCAUCGCCGUUUCAUCGCACUUCGGGGCACCCACGCCUUCCUCCUCCCUAUUGCGCCCGACUCUCUCUGCGCCCUCUCUCCGCCACUGCUCUGAUCCCGCUGUCAACUCCUCGGUUAUUGCCCCUGGACGCACCUCGCCGUUGCCACCAUGAGCGCCUCCCAACAGUCUGCGUUCGCUAACCCCUAUGCCACCUCCAUGACCAUGGCCCCGCCAGCGUCCCCCCAAUUGCCUGUCAACCUGGGUUCCAAUAACCCCUUUCGAAACCGUGCCCUGUCGCCCGCCAGUUCCGCCAACUCGGGUUCCCGACCGGAGCGCCCAACCUCCACCAACCCCUUCUUGGACGAUACCGACCCCUUGUCGCCCCAGUCCGCCCCCGUUGGUGUCACCCCCUUCUCCCCCGUCGACCGGCCCGACAUGACUGGCAACACGCGCGAGCUCUUUGCGAACCUCUCCCUCAACCCCACUCCCCCCCAGCCCGCGCAACAACCCACGGGCUUCCGUCAGGCGCCGCCCCGGCCGAAUAAUCCCCCACACAAGUCCUCAAGCACCCGGGCGCCCCCCUCGAGGGAACGCGCUGAACGCCGCCGGCCCAAGGAUCCCCUUGACAUCUUUGCCGACCCCCCCAAGACCAGCAGUGGCAAACCCCGCGGGGACCGUGAGCGCCGCCCGCGUCGCAACUCCGAGUCCUCCGUCAUCGACCGGGCCUCGAAGCUGCUCGACACGGAAGAUGAUCAGCGCCGACGGGAGCGCCGGCGUCGCGAACGCGAGGCCCGUCACGGCAAGUCGCGCUCUAAGAAGGCCCAUUACCAGCUGGAUAUCAUCGAUAAACUGGAUGUGACCAGCAUCUACGGAACCGGAAUGUUUCAUCACGACGGCCCCUUCGAUGCCUGUAACCCCAGCCGCAAUCGCAAGGGCCUGCGGGCCGCCCCCAUGCAGGCCUUCCCCAAGGACUCGAGCAACAUGGCUCUGGGUGGCGCCGGACCGAACAACGAAAAGAUCGACCUCAACCUGUUCAACGGCACCACGCAGGAGGGUUACAACGACUUCGCCUCCACGGGCGUCUCCAGUCGCCCCGCCGAGGGCGGCAGUUUUGACCCGAAAUCCCGCAUCGAACCCGUCCACGGACCCAACAGCAUGGGUCUGGGGACCAGUACCUUCCUCGAAGGGGCCCCCGCCAGCAAACUGGCUAUGCAGCGGCGCGCGAGCGAGAAUGAGAAUCAGAUCGUCGGGGGCAUGUCCAACGGCGGCGGUGGGCUGCAGCGCAAGAAGAGUCUGGCGCAACGUCUCCGUGGCAUCAACCGGGCCCCGAGCGGCCGCGUGGUCUCGCCCGAGGCUUCCUACACCGUGGCCGCCGGUUCCGCCGCCCCUGGAUCGGCCCGCGGCAAUGACAAGAAUCCCUUCUAUCAGGACUACGACGAUGCGUAUGAGAAGAAGGGCGCGCAGAUCGCCGAAGGCCCGACUGAGCUGAAGCGGUCCCAGUCAGCUGGCUCGGACAAAGGGGCCGGACUGGAACGGCGCCACACGAACGAGCCCACCCGGUCCUACACCACCACGUUCGAGGAGGGCAAAACCGGCGGUGCGGCCGGAGGCGGCUUCCUCAACCGCAUGAAGAGUUUGCGGAAGCCCCGUCCCGAACGACGGGUGACGGACGAAUGAGCGGGGACAUAAGAAAUUCUAUAUUGGCGGAUAGAUGAACCGAUCGAGCGGCGUGGAAUCAGAGAAACCUUUCCGAGAGCGAGCCUCCGCCCAGGACCUGCAUAGAGGCCCCCACCAGGCGGCGCAUCAGACAGCGAUGCUCUUUCUUUCUCCCGAGGAUGAUGGGAUGAUUCGUUCGGAGUGCAGGACCCUCCAGACAAUCACACGUUGAGCAGUCUGGUUCGAUGGAUCAUAUGACAAACCGCACGGAACGCACGGGGGCACAGGCGUUGGCUGGUGGAUUUGCGCGGACCGGAUGGGAAUGGAUGGCUUUUGUUACGUUACUCUUACUCCUUGUAUGCAUUUUAGUUUUAUGCACCUGAUUAUCAGAAUCGAGUAAAUGCCGCAUUUGCA